GCGCGGGAGCGCACCGCGGGGCGCGGCCAACGCUGGGACGCGGCGCUCGGAGGGACGCUGCCGGCGCCCAUGGCGUUCGCGCUGCUGCGGCCAGUCGGCGCGCACGUGCUGUACCCAGACGUGCGGCUGCUAAGCGAGGACGAGGAGAACCGCAGUGAGAGCGACGCGUCGGACCAGUCGUUCGGCUGCUGCGAGGGCCUGGAGGCGGCGCGGCGCGGCCCGGGCCCCGGGGGCGGGCGGCGGGCGGGCGGCGGCGCGGGCCCCGUGGUGGUGGUGCGACAGCGGCAGGCGGCCAACGCGCGGGAGCGGGACCGCACUCAGAGCGUGAACACGGCCUUUACGGCGCUGCGCACGCUCAUCCCCACCGAGCCGGUGGACCGCAAGCUGUCCAAGAUCGAGACGCUGCGCCUGGCAUCCAGCUACAUCGCGCACCUGGCCAACGUGCUGCUGCUGGGCGACUCGGCCGACGACGGGCAGCCGUGCUUCCGCGCCGCCGGCAGUGCCAAGAGCGCCGUCCCCACCGCCGCCGACGGCGGCCGCCAGCCGCGCUCCAUCUGCACCUUCUGUCUCAGCAACCAGCGCAAGGGGGGUGGCCGUCGUGACCUGGGGGGCAGCUGCUUGAAGGUGAGGGGGGUGGCCCCCCUUCGAGGGCCGCGGAGAUGAGCCUGGACCCUGGAGAAGGAGGCCAGGAGCCAGCCACUGGCUGUACAGGGAAGGAGACCCCAGGAGCCGAGCCCACCCCUUCUUUGUGUGGGGACCAGGGGACCAUGGCCUGGGUCCAGGACACUCUGGGCAGGGCCCUCGGGACAUCUCCACCCGAUCCUGGAGAACUGUGAGGAUCCAUUCAGCCUGCCCAGCUCUGGCUGGUCAGAGACAAGGCAGAACUUUUGGAAAAACAGACUGUUGGUGACAGAGGGUAUAUGUGUGUGUCUGUGCGUGAGUGUGAGUGUCUGUGAUAGAGAGAAUUGGUGAGUUUAAAAUAAAAGCUAUUUUUAAAUAAAA